AUGACUGAACAAGUCCGAUUUGUCACUUUGGACGUCUUCACGGCGCAGCCGUAUGCCGGCAAUCCACUUGCCGUGGUGUUCCUCCCGGACUCGAACGAGCCGGCUCUGACACAGCAGCAGAAGCAGUCAAUUGCACGCGAGUUCAACUUGUCAGAGACCAUCUUUGUCCAUGCUGAUAAGGGAGAGAAACGCACUAUCGACAUCUUCACCCCGGACAGCGAACUCCCAUUCGCAGGCCAUCCCACCAUAGGAGCUGCCUGCUGGUUUCUAUAUCUUUCCCCGGACGAAGGAGACAAGGGAGCCGUCAAGAUCCUGACCACCAAGUCGGGGGAUAUCCCCAUAUCGCUGCAAUUGGGACAGCCGUCGCCUGCAGUAACUGCUAGAAUCGCACAUAAUACGCGGCUGCACCAGUCCAGAUUUCCGCUCCAGCAACUGCUCCGAUUGCACCCUUUCUUGUCUGGCUUUUUCGGUAUAACCGGUACCGUGGAGCCAGCUUUCCCCAUCUUCUCUAUCGUCAAUGGGAUGAGCCAGGUCCAUGUCGAGCUGCCCUCCCUUGAGGCUCUCGCUGCCGUCACCACGGCCUCGGGAGGUGAGGUUAUCUCUGCGGGCUCUGGCUAUCUGGAUGAAGGUUGGGAUGCAGGUCUCUGUGUGACGUACUUCUACGUACGCAAUGUCAAGGACGCACAGACUGGUAAAAAUACUAUUCGGACCAGGGCGAUUCUCGGAAACCUAGAAGAUCCAGCAACAGGAAGUGCGGCCAGCGGUCUGGCUGCUUAUCUGUCUUUGAUUGAGGGAAAACCUGGUCAGCAUAAUUACAACAUUGUGCAAGGAGUGGAGAUUGGCAGGCGCAGUGAGAUUGGGGUAGAGGUUGUGGUCAACCAGGAUAACAAGAUCGACACUGUUGAGCUUCAGGGAGGUGCUGUCAAGGUGUCCGAAGGAAGCAUUCGACUGCCUCCGAAAUGA